AUGGGACAGUCGUAUUCUAAUAUUAAGGAACUGUAUAGUGCAAUUAAUACGAUCGAUGGCGCUGUUGGUGUGGAGAAGCAAAAAGGUGGAGGAAUAGUUGAAUUUGCUAGAAAACCAAUCUCAGAAUAUUGUCCUUACAGGGGUGAGCAUGGAAAUUUUUGUAUUAAUUUUUUUGAAUAUGCUAGUUGUGGUGUUAUUUAUUUGCUAAAAAAUUUAAAGAAUUAUGGUUUAGAUUAUGAUAAACUUGCUGAAUACGCUAUUUUAUGGUUAAGUUAUAAACUAAAUCAACAUCCAGAAUAUAGUGGCAAGAAAUUAAAUGAUAUUUAUACUAAUAAUAUAGGAAAAAAUGAUGAUUAUAAUAAGAAAAAAUAUGGUGAUAAUAGUCUGAGUUAUAAGGAUAUUAUGGAUAAAAAAAAAGAUUUGAUGAAUAUGAAUAUUAAAGAAAUAUCUAAUUUUUAUGAAGCAUUAAAAAACUUAUAUAGCAUGUAUAGUGACUGUAAUAAAACCGAGUUAGAUUGCGAAAAAUUUUCACAAAAAGCUAAUGAAUUUGUUCAAAAUUUUGAAGAACUCAAUAAAUAUUCUAAGAAUAUAAAAAACAGUUCAUAUAGUCAAAUAUUAUAUAGAUUAUCAGAUGAUUAUAACAAUUUAAUAAAUAAAUAUGAUAAUAAAAAAUCUUGUGAUUUCUCAUCUCUUCCAAAGAUAAAAACAUCACAAAGCACAUUAAUUCCAGUUUUAUCGCCAUUUUCUGUAAUACCAGUUUUCUUGGGAGUUGCUUAUAAGACAAUAUAUAAGAAAAAAAUUAAAAAAAAUAAAGAAGAAAAUGAAACUUAA